AUGAAAUCCCUUUUACUCCUUACUCCUCUCCUCCUCGCUCUCCCCACAACUUCACUCUUCAUCCUCCUCCCUCUUUACGUCUACCCCGGCACCUCCGCCUCAGCCUGGAACAACGCCACAGCUGCCAUCGCCGCCUACCCCAAAGUGCAGUGGCAAGUGAUCGUCAACCCCAAUAGCGGCCCCGGCACAACCGGCUACCCGACGGACCAAAACUUCAUCACCGGCAUCGCAAAACUCAACAGCUAUCCCAACGUGCAGACCCUCGGCUACGUCGACACAGCUAACACGAAUCGCGCCUACUCCGCCGUGACGUCUGACAUCAGCGUCUACGCCAAAUGGACGAGCUACACCAAAGCCAACAUCUCCAUCGCAGGCAUCUUCUUCGACGACGUCAACAACACCGCCUCGAGCGCCGUCAACACGUACAUGCACAACGCAUCCGCGUACGCCUACGCCACCGUGCCCUCGGACGUGACCCCCGUCGUCUUCAACCCGGGCGCCCUCGCGCCGACUCAGCUCUUCAGCUACUGCGACACGAUGGUCGAGUUUGAGAAUCCGUUCUCCAGCUACAAGAACGACACGACGAUCGCGACGAUUCCGAGCGCGUAUCGGGACCAGAGCGCCAUCUUGGUGUAUAGUACGCCGGCGACCGCGAACGUGAAGAGUCUGGUGCAUACGAUGGCGCUGGAUGGGAUCGAGGCGGUGUACUUUGGCGCGGAUUGCUGUUAUGAUACUUUCCCUGCGGCUUUUCUGACGCAGCUUGCGGCGGCUGUGCAAGCUGGGUAG